AUGAAAUCUGCUGAACAUGAGAAGUUGGAAGAUGCUUUAUACACUUGGAUUAUGCAGAUGACUGCCAAAAAUGCUACAAUAAUCAGAGAACAUGCUAAAAUUUUUGGGCAGCAAAUGAAUAUUACUGAUUUUGAAUAUAGCAACGGUUGGCUGAAUAGAUUUAAAAAACGUCGUGGUCUUUCUCAACACAUAAGAUCUGGUGAAACUGCCAACGUUGAUCCAACUAUUGUGACAAAGGGCAGGGAAAAAUUACGAGCCAUAAUUUCCCAAUAUGCUGUUGCUGAUGUCUACAACAUGGAUGAGAGUGGACUUUUUUAUCGUUUGCAACCAGAUAAAACAUUAUCAAAUGGAGCCGUUAAAGGAUGUAAAAAAGCAAAAGACCGGGUAUCACUUGUAUUUUGCACAAAUGUAGAUGGGUCGGAUACGAGAACUGUGUCGGUUAUAGGUAAAGCAGCAAAGCCUAGAUGCUUUAAAAAUUUCAAUCCCGCUUUGUACGUCGAUUACGACAGUAACCGAAAAGCAUGGAUGACUGCCAUUUUGUUUCAAAAAUGGUUGAAAUCGUUUAAUGAUGAAAUGAAGAGGAAAAAGCGGCAUAUUCUGCUCAUAAUUGAUAACGCACCUUGCCAUAAAUCAACUGCUAUGAGCAAUAUACGAAUUGAAUUUUUGCCCCCUGAUUGCACAGGUGUCCUUCAACCCUUGGAUGCAGGAAUAAUCAAGUCUUUCAAAGCACAUUAUCGGAAAUAUCAUGUCAGACACAUAGUCGAGCGCAUCAAAAAUAAUGUUUUUUCUCUUAUUUCUUUAAAAGAAGCAAUUCACUUCAUAAAAAAAGCAUGGGAUGAAGUUACACCAGAUACUAUUCUCAAUUGUUGGAGACACACAGGUUUAGUAGAUGGCGAAAAACGUAGUGUUCAAAAUCAUGUCGAAAUGCAGGAAAUACAGGAUAGCAUCGACAAAUUAACUGUUUUGGAACAUCCACUUACAGCAAAUGAAUUCAUUGAUGCUGAUAAAUCUGCAUCAACUUUCGAAGAUAUGACUCAUGAGGACAUUAUUGAACUAGCAGCACCAGAUUCAAAUUCUGAUUUGUCUGAAGAAGAAACUAUUGAACAUGAAAAUGAGAAUAUCAACUCUGAGGUUGCAAAAGAUUGCCUCCAGAAACUAAGAAGGUUUUUAGACAAAAAUGCAAGUGAUAGGAAAAUGAUGAACAACCUUCUGGCAUUAGAAAAAGACAUAGAAACAGUUAUUUUGAACAAAAAAAGUUUACUGUCUGCCCACGUACGAUAUGGAAUUGGCAAACGUCCAGCUAAGACGAGUCAAUCUGAAUGA